CUUUAUUUUGUUACCUUCCUUCAUUCUAUAAUCCUUAUCAUUUUCAUCAUUACAAUUUGAUGACUUCUUUAUUUGUAAAUCUAGAAAUAUUAUGAUGAGACUUCUACUCUUUUGGCUGUUUUCUCAGCUCAAACUACAGAUUUAUACUCAUGUUGUAUUUGUACCACAGAUCGUCUUGAUCAGCUUUCGCAUAAAAAGGGUUUCAAAUUCUCUGUGACUGCCAAAGCGAUCCAAACCAUCGUCACUUUUUACAACCCACCUGUACUUUCUGUUCAGUAAUAGCAAACACAAGAUCUACUCUUUUCUGACUACAAUUACAACGAAGAUAUAAUCUUUGCUUUCCAAAGAAUUAACUGGAUUGUUUAAACAACUGUUGCAUAUACAUAGGAUAGGUUUAACAUCGGAUGGGUUAGUCGGAAUUAUGUCAGGCCUUUUAGCCAUCACAUAAUUUUUAUCACUUCACCAGAAAACAAGGGGUGCAUUAGCGUAAAUCUCUGAUCGAGCGCCUUCUAGAAUCAUCGUAUUGAUCAAGCGCCUUCUUGAAAGAGGACACCCUUAAUUUAGAUAUAUUUCCUGUGAUAAGCCCUUGAAACAUUAUGGAUUAUGUGUGUAUGUAGCUAGUAAACUGCUUUAAGGAAUUAAAGGUUUCAGUUUGUUGUAGCAAUCAGCUCACCCCCGCUUCCCCCAACCAUGUUGCUUGACAAGAGGAGCAUGCUUUCAUAAAUGUACAGCAGAAAUCAGUUAGACAACAAGGAGGUUCUAUGAAUAACCUUACUGACAAGGUGUCUUGUUGAUUAAGAUGGUUUUUCGUUGCCGCAAAAAACGCACGACUAUCUUUUUAUAUAGAGAGCCAAUCAAAGCGUGAGAGUUUUCUGAUAUGUGAAAAAAGUAAAUCAGGGAAGGAACAGGCUGCCUUAAAAGUUGUUCAAGGGGGGGGGGGAUGAUAUUAUUGAACAAAUGCAAAAACUCCUACAGUGUACCAAGAAUUUUGGCUGGUAUAGUAGCUCGCGUCGUCUCUACUCUACGGGAUAUUUAAACAAUGCUUACACAGACCCAAAGUAAAGCGUAAAUACUGUACUGUUGGUAUUUUGUCUUCAAACCAACUCACAAUGAAUAUGUUUUUCCAUAGCUGCCUUGCCUUCCGAUGUGACGUCAUCUGUUUUCAAACAUGCGCCACUCGCUUGUUUUACUGAAAAUAACGGGAAGGUUAGCGAACUUGAGGAAUUUAAACUAAGAAUUCUGAGCUUGAACUCAAUGGAACCAGAAUGACUGGGUAUAUUUAAAUUGUUGGACUUUGGUUCUGUUUUUCGCCUUUAUUCAUCGAGAAAGAACUAUAUCUUUAAAGCCUGAAGUAGCGAUCAAGAGUUUUGAGAGAUGUUGAGAAAUUUGCUGGAUUACAAUGUCGGAAGAGCGAACUUGAUUUCAAUAAUUAGUGCUUUGAUCAAAGUUUAAAUGCUCUCUGUUAAAAUUUGCAAGGUCUAACGCUAUAAAUAUGAUUCAUAUGAAGCUUGCUUAACCGAAAGCCUUCUUUCUAAUAUUUUUACAUGGAACAACCACUCCUGCGCAUCUCUGGGGCAUCACUGGGAAAAAGACGGGACUUUUAAAGGACUCCAUAAUGUAUAUUGACAUUUAAAAGGUAUUAUCAUUUUAUAAGUGAAUAAUGCCUGGUUUUCAUUAGUCCUAGACUCGAAUAUUGCCAUCUGGCUGAUGUGAAAAACUUCAAAUAAUCGAAAGUAUUUCAAUUAAAAUGGUCUACGUCGCUUUUGGUGGUCCAGCUGUCUUCACUGUCUCUGAUGCAAUGCAGUUUUAAUAGUUCAGGCAGUGAUUCUGCACGUGUUUCGAAGCUCUCCUGCAUCUAUCUACAUUCACGUGAUCAACGUCAUCUUAUUUCAUCUUAUGUCAUCUUAUUUCCUAAUGUUUGUAUGCUGCAUUUACUUUCAUCAAAGCAAACGUUAAAACAUGGGAACCAUAGAGCUAUCAAGGACCAAUGACUAAAACGCCUGGAAGGUGUUGGUGCGAGAGGGUCUUACUUCAGAAUCUUCAGAAUGCGAGUCGUCUGUAUGAUAUCCAUCACCCUUUCUUUGAAUAAUGUAUAAAUUUUAUUUACUUAUCUGUUUAAGUAAGAGCUAUUUUAUCAGCUGGUCAAUAAUACGCAAAUGUUUAUUCAGAUACGGGAGAUUUUCAUUGCAGUCACUUUAUGAUAAGUCUCAAUUCGGUUUGCCAAUAAAUCUUUCAAGUAAAGCAGGGCAUGAAUGAGUGCUAGUGUUAUCUUAUUUGAACAGUGGCUUGCUAUGCUUGCUUUUAUGGCAAUAAGGAACGUUUUAAAACAAUAAUUGGUAAUUAAUUGCGUUCCAACUGCUUCGACGUCAAUCCAUACUCAAGGUGUACCACAAAGGAGCCUGGACCGAGAUGUGACUCAUAUGUAAACUGGGCACUUGCACCCAAGUCGUUCAAUCGCAGUUGGUUGUUCAGCUGGGCAUUUCCCGACAAGCCUGCUGGUAUUUUCACAAGACUCUGGUUUUAUCUGUAUUUGGAAAAAGAAUAUAUUUUCAGGUUACUGAAUAAUGGAAGAAAGAAGACGAGAGAGGCCUGGACAACUUUCAAGAAGCAAAUCAAAGAAAACUUGCUCAUUUAGCAUCGAUGAAAUCUUGAAAGACGACACAGUAUCAGAUGAUGAAGCAAACUUGGCAAAAUACCCAGUGAUUCAAUGCUGUCGAAGCCCAUUCGCUGAAGAAACAGAAAAAAUCUGCAAAAUCAAGUCACCCAAGUCGACUAGCCCGUGUGAAUCCUGCACUGCAAUAAGCGCGUUUUCUGCCUACCGCCAUCCAAUUUGUCCCGUUCCAGCUACCCCAAUUCUUCAUACAGAUCCAUAUCAUGACAUUUACAACCAAAGAGCUUUUUCAAGGUAUUUAGGCCUUACGUCGAGCAGUCACAGGACAUACGACGUCGGAUACUCCCGCGGUACGCGCCUGUUCGACUGUCAUCAUGGUACAAUGCGACUUUUUCACGAUUCAGAUACAAUGACGUCAGUCGGGUACUCGAGCAAAGGUUUAGCUAUCAGUGAGGACAGGAAUGAUGCUAAACGGAAAGGCGGCCAAGUUCGUUUUUCACAUUUACAAUCCGUCGAACUAGAAAGAAUUUUCAGCAUUCAAAAGUACAUAUCUCCACAGGAAAGAAAACAGCUUUCGAAUUUUUUGCAGUUGUCUGAGCGACAGGUUAAAACUUGGUUUCAAAACAGAAGAGCAAAAUGGCGACGAAUAAAAAUGGAAGCUGAGAUGAGAAGACGAAUGACAAAUGAGAAAGCCGGAAGGCAAAGCUACACACCACUAGAUGAGAAGCCGAGAGAGAUCUCUUCUCUUAACCAUCCAUUUGGCGAGAAGCAUAUAGAACCAGAAUACAGUUGAUCAAAUUUCAAAACAAAAUGUAAUGACAAGUUUUGUCACUCACUGUCCAUCACAGGGUAGAUGAGACUCUGCUGACAAAUUCUAUAGUUUUUCAAAGAAAUCAACAGUUUCACCUAGUUGUGGAAUUAAACAGACAUUUUGAAAAUAAUUAUAAAAAUUGAAAUCAGAACAUGAUAGAUAUAUCUGUUUUAUAUUCCGUUUUAAUAUAAAAAUUCUUUUAGUAUUGUAGCAGUAAUAACACAAAUUAUGUUGCUCUAAAUAUAGACAAAAUGAAGGAACUACAGGGUAUUUUGAAAGUAAUGUUAAUCUUCCUAUACUAUAAACCAUGCAUGAAAGUUUUUCAGCAACAGAAAAAAUCACAUUAUCACGAUCAAGCAAAAGAUAAAAAGUGAUCCUUUAUAUGGUUUGUAAACAGAUGCAUCUUGAAAAAGUAAAGGUUCUAAGUGUGAUAAUUAUAAAAUAUAUGUUCCAUUUGGCAAUUAGGUGAACAAGAGCUUAGUGUUCUAUUAUUUAAAUAAACAGCUAAAAUAUCAUUGCUAACCCAUCAACUCAAGCUAGUAUAUGACUUGAAUUGAUAUUUUCUCAACACAAUAUACAUACAUUGCCUUUUUGAUAAAAAAAUUUACUCCGAGAUUAGAAAUAAACUGGACUUUUAUUUAUCUUUUCUGUGAUAUUUGAAGGCCUUGUUCUAUCAAUAAUAGCAUUCAAUUAAAUUUCAAAAUUCAAACUGUCUUU